UACACUAUCAUCUCUUUUCCGCUCCUUAAGCCGGGAGAUCCAAGCAACCGGCCAAACGGUGGAGAAGAAUCUGGCCAAAAUAGGUGCCUAUUCUGUAUUCCGACGGAUUUCUAUUUCGUUCGAAAGUGAUAUUUCGAUCGUUUUCGAAUUUACCAUUCCCUAUUCCAAUCGUUUUGCUCGUUUCGAACGAAAGUGUUAGAAAAUUUCGAAUAUGCAUCGAUCUGUCAAAAACCGAUAAACAAAAAGAAACACCGUAUUAAAUAGCGGCGAGUGCGAGUUAAAUUUCAGUUAAUUUUUGAUCCUAAGAGAAAUUUGUGAGAAAAUUUUCUCGUUCAAUGGAUUCCGUUUUGUUACCGAUUUUGGCGGAGCAAGAAGAAAUUGGAAUGCCUUGCUACCAUCGGCGAAACCACCGAAAAUCAACCGACUUCAUGAAACUUUCUGAUGAAGCAUUCAUCAAAAGUUUUCGUCUAAGUAAGGAAGCUUUUCGGUACGUUUUAGAGGAAAUUGAGAACUGCCUUACCACAAGGAAAGGUGGUCUAUCCACGGAGGUGAAACUCGCAGCAUGUUUGCGAUUCUUUGCUGAAGGAAAUUAUCAACAUGGAGCAGGGCAAGAUUAUCACAUUGCCAUAGCACAGCCCACAUUUUCCAAGGUGCUGACUGAAAUGCUUAACAUUCUGGAGCGGACACUGUGUAAGAAAUGGAUUUCCCUAAAUAUGACGGAAGACGAACAGCGGCGUGCUAAACUACACUUCUAUCAGAAAACAUCAAUUCCGGGUGUUAUUAUGUGUUUGGAUGGAACCCACGUAAAAAUUAUUCCACCUAAGCUGAAUCGAAAUUUGUUUUUUAAUCGGAAGGGAUUUUAUAGUCUCAACGUUCUGAUUGUUUGUGACGAUCAGCAAAGGAUUCGUUUCGUUGAUCCUACCUUCCAGGGAUCUAAUCAUGACUCUCAUAUAUGGCGUGUAAGCCCUGCAAGAACUCACUUUGAGCAGCUUCACCAAAAUGGUGAAGUUAAUACUAAGAUUCUAGGUGAUGCUGGUUAUCCAUCGGAACCUUGGUUAGUAACGCCAUUCAGAGCAGCGGAGGAAGGGAGUUUGGAGAGCGAUUUUAAUCGCAGGCAUGCCUUGGGUCGUGCUAUCGUCGAGCGGACAAUCGGUUUACUAAAAAAUCGGUUUAGAUGCAUCCUUGGCGCGAGACAACUUCACUACAAUCCUACUAAAUGCGCUCAAAUUAUAAAUGUAUGCUGUGCACUUCACAAUAUAUGCUUAGAAUUUGGUCGUUCUCAGUAGUUAUAAUAUGUUAUGCAGCUGUUUACAUAAUAAACUUUUGUUUAAAUUAAUAUUUAUGACUGUUAAAUUUCAUCUAACUUGUUUGCAAAUGCUCAAAUAAAUAACAACCACCGGAAAAGGAAGUGUCUUCCUUACUUAACUAUGGUUUCGGCAGAAUUAUUUACUCUUAUUCCUGCCAACACUUUGAGAACAUGUCAUUAUCGAUUUCUCGUAAGCAGGCCAAGUAUUCAAAUAACCAUUAUUAAUACUUUUUGCGUUGUUUUAACCCCUUGCUGUACGAUUUAAUUUCCAACAGCACGGCCCAAAACGAGCACUUCGAGUCGUUCCGCUACUCUGCUGAGUGUGGGUAUCUAACAUGGGUGCCCUAUGAUGAGCAAAUACAUGUUGUGUUUAAAAUAAAAACGAAGGAGUUAUUACUACGUACUAACUCGUUCGUUUUUAUUUUAAUUAUAAUAUUCAAAUUAUAUUUUAUAUUUUUAGCUCAUUCAAUUUUUUUUUAAAUAACGGAAAUUUUAUAAUCUUCAGUUGUCGGUAUCCUCAUCAUAUGCCUGAAGCUAUGUAAUUAUUUCACAUCGAGAAACAACGAGUGAAGUUCAAUGUUGUACGUGAAGGGGUUAAGGAAGUUCCAUAAACUAUAGGCGAAAUUCGUGAAUUUUAAAAAAGUUUAUAUAAUUUUGAUGCUAUUCCAAACAAACUUCAAAGAAAAAAUUAAGUAAGAUUUUUCUUCCAUGGAAAGAUAUAAAAAUACGAUUAGAACUUUUUUUCAUUUUUUUAUACUUGAGUUACAAUAUAAAGAUAAAAAAUCAGAUCACUGAUAUUUUGAAACAUUAUUCUAAUGUUCUGAAAUAUACGCAAUCUGCGUUUCAAGGAUUUGUCGCUAUUGAUUUCUCCAGCGCGAUCUUCUCCAUCUCGUGGUUAUGUCGUUUUUGUUCACUCAGAUGUUCUUUGAGUGUGGCAUCCACGGAAAGAAUCGCUCGAGCUGAUUGGCGCUGAUAAUGAACCAGAUCACUCAAAUUCUUGUUUGUGUUUUUUAACAGGGAUUUCACAUUGGUGUGAAAUUUGUUUUGUUGCUCGACUUGCAGCUCUAAUAGCCUCGUGGUAGAAGGUCUGGAUUUUUUCGGCUGAGAGGGCUGGAAGUGAAUGGUAUUAUUGAUACCGUCACACUCGUCGGAAGUACCAUAAUAUAUAAAAUUUUCCUGGUCUGCAGCUUGAGGUUCACCCGAAGGCGAACCCAACUGUGUUCCAUGAGAUGAGGUACCCGGGAUUCCUUCCACGGUCGCAAGUAACCCAGUUAGUAGAACUGCCUGCUCCUCCAGCUCGGACAAAUUGAUAAUUUUAUUGGGUCCUCCACCUGUCGCCCUCUGCUCCCGUUUGUUGUGAGCGAGUUUUCGCUUUAAUCCGGACUUAUAGUCCGCCCAAACCUACACAGAAAACCAGGGCAAAAAUAAGACUAUAAACAUAUGUUUCGGAUUCGUUUUAGUAUAUACCUUUUUCCAUCCACUUCCAUCGCGAAUAGGCGGUCCCAAACUAUUGACUUCUGCCGCCAGAUCAUCCCAGUAGGGUCCGGAAUUUCCUCGGGAGAAACCCUUUGCUAUGUCCGGCUCUUGCUCCAGAAGCAGCACAAUCCGCUCGAACUGAUUUUUAGUGGUUGUUUUGUUUUUGUUUUUUUCCCUGUUGAACGUUAAAAUUAAUUUAAAGAAAAAAAUGAUUAAAAAUUAGCUUACAUUUUUGCAGUUCACCGCUCAUCCGCUGCGGAAAUUAUUCACUCCUUCAUAAACAAAGUGGGUUUGACGUUUGGUUUGA